GCCAUGGCGGGGCGGGGCCAUGGCGGUGCUCUGCGAGUCCGCAACGAAAGCGCCACUUUUGAGCGCUUGGUCGACUCGCUGUCCCCCGUCGUCAACGGUAAACAGAGCGCACGGGUUGUCACGGCGGUCCAGGGAAACGGUGCCGGGACGAUAGAGCCCACAGCUAUUUGUGACUGAUCAAAGAUGGUCCAGGACAGUGCUCAGAUUCGGCGGCAGGGUGCCCAGGACUUUAUGGCCUACUACGACUUUGCCUGUGCCAGACAGGAAUCGGUCCCUCUGCCCGCAGUCAAAAUGAACCUUGAUAAAGGGAUGCUGGACUUUAACGGAGACAGGCUCAAACUGGCAGACUGGCCACCUGUUCUCACCUCAGUCUCCAUCAACAAACACCUGCACCACAUUGCCAUAAGUAGCACAUACCAAGCUAGUCUGGGCUCUGGAGAUGCAGAUAGAAGGUACUAUAAGUCCGGGUCGAGGAAGAGGAUCCCAACCAUUCGCUCUAAGGACAUGACAUUUAGGUUGUGCAAAGCCUUAACAGAGUGUCUGACUGUCUCUCCCAACCUCAAGACUCUGCAACUUAACGGACUUCCACUGAGAGAGAGGGACCUUAUCACAUUGACAAAGGGUUUAGCAAAAAGUAUUUCAUUGGAAAACCUGUCUGUGGCUAACUGUCCAAUCUCUGAUGAAGGCUUGGAGGUUAUUUGCCAAAGUGUUAAAUAUUCUUCAAGCAUCAGGACGGUAGAUUUUACAGGAUGCAAACUCACCUGGAGAGGAGCGGAGCAUAUGGCCAAUAUAAUCAAGCAUCAGGGAAUGCAGAGGCAUGGUACUGCAUGGGCAGAGUCACUGAGGUAUCGGCAGCCACAUUUUGAGGCAAUGGGUGGUCUCCGCCGCAUCACCCUCAACUGUAACACUUUGAUCGGGGACCGGGGCGCUGCUGCUCUUGCACUUGAAUUGGCCGAGGACCUCUGGGUUAAAGCUGUGGACCUACAGAGAUGUGGUCUGUCCAGUGAAGGAGCUCGUCGUUUGCUGGAAGCCUUGAAAACGAAUUCGACUCUUUGUGUACUGGAUAUUCGUAAUAACCCUUUGGUUGACAAGGUCCUGAUCAAAACUGUAAUAGAGAAAGUACUGAUGAAUGCUGAUGGACAGUCUACAGAGUACUGUUGGAUCAAGCCUGCAACCACUGAGCCACAGAGAGCUCCUGGUCCAAAGAAGCAAUUGUUGCCCACAGCAGUCAGAAGAAAAGCUACGUUUAGGAUUGCCACUUGUAAAGAAACUUCUGGUGGACAGAGUCCAGGUGUUGCUCAGGCACAGAAGCCCUAUUCCCGUUCUGGUUCCAUUCCUUGGCACGCUGCUGCACGAGCUGGACGCCAGAGAGGUCUGCCUCCUAGAGGAAAAGACCAAGGCUUUCAGGGUGCGGCCACUGUGAAGGUGACCGUGGAUUCAGAUUCAGAGGGAGAGGAGGAAGAGGAGCAGCGACCAUCUUCUUUAAAUCACCAGGACAGGAUCACUGAGCGGCAGUUUGCACGUCUGCAGAUAGAGCUGAAAGAGUGUCGCCUGAGGCUGACAGAGGAGCGCAGAGCCAGACUCAAAGCUGAGUCGAGGCUCAUGACGUAUGAAUUUGAGAAUGCCCGUCUUCUUGAUGCCCACCACUCCCUGUCGGAGGUGCUCGCAGUGACUGGCUCAGGAUCAGCACCAUCUGCUGCCGGUGUCCUUGAAGACGAGGCUGUGCUCGAGAGCAUUGAGAGCUCAUUUACCAAGUUCCAUGCUUUCCUGGAUCUGCUUAAGGAUGCUGGCCUCGGUCAGUUAGCUUCAAUGGCUGGGAUUGACAAGUCAGAUUUCCAACCCCUCGGAAGACCUCAGCUCUCGUCUACAGGAGGAACACAUUUUUAUGGUGCAGGAUCACUGAAUAGAGGGGAAGUUCAGACAAACACUGAUGCUCUCUCUUGGGUAAGCAAGGCCCCGCCCUCUCUCCCUUGUGGCCCAGCUGACACCACCACACCCAGAUCCUCACCCUCUGUCCGGGAGUGCUUGCAAGAAGACGGGCUCCUAGAUGUGUCCCACAACAAGGCUUCUGGACCUGUAGUAGACCCUUCUAUAGGUGGAGAAGGGGAACCGGAUCGAUAUUCCAGGCCCAAUACCCAGCACGACUCCGGUUCUGAGCACAGUUUCCUAGGCAGGACAUCAUCUGUUAAGGUUGCCUUGGGUGAAACUCAAAAAAGCGAGCACAAGAGCAACAGCAACUCGUAUCAGAGCGACUCCCAUCAUAGUAAAGGUUCCCAUGGAUACAGCAAUGCUCAAAGUCACGCUUCCUACAGCAACGGGUCUCAUGGUGGAUUAUCUGUGAGAUCGAGUGUCAGUGACAUAAUGAGUGACAAGGCAGAGUCUGUGGGAUCGGCAAGGUCGAGGAACAGGGGAAAUGGAAGGCUAGUGACAAUAGGUCAGUCGGGGUCAGAAGGGUCAGAGGGGAAAGCCUAUCUUGGGAGGGAGACUCUGGAGCAGAUCCGGACUCUGGCAAUUAAUGAAUCCUUCUGACCAGAGAAAUAUGAAAAACUUCCACAAGUGUCUGUUCUCUUUGGCCUCUCCUUCUUUCUGUUGCCUCUUAGGAUUGUUAUUCACUUUGGCUCUGGUGUAGAUUUUAUGUCUUUCUUUAUGUACAGAUGUUUUAUAUAUUUAGAAGGCACAAGACCAGAAUUUCUACAUCAUCAAUCUGGCUUAUUCAUUUUAGGAUGAGAGCAGGAGAAGUCACUUUAAAUUAUUUUUGCAUCAAAGCUAAGGCAGGGGUAGAUAUCAAGGUCCAAUGAAAUUAAAAUUGAUGUUUUUAUUUUUGUAUUUACAUUUUACCAUUUUUGUAAAGCUUCAAAAACGUUGCAGACCCAGUUUCCAGUUAUGGAGCAUGAACAAUUUAAAGAGUUCAUUUAGUGAAAUGUCAUAGUAUAUAUUUGGGAUUGCAAGAUUUCCUUACUCAAAUUAAGUCUCAAUUCAAACUAACAAAUAAAGUUUAUCCCAAUCUCAUCUGGUUUCAGAGUUUUAUAAGUUUUAGGUUAAAUGUUUUUUCCUUUUUUUUCUAAAAACUCAAUGCUGACAAACAUUUUUGGUGGAUAUUUAAUUUUCCAUGAUUAGAUUUUAAUUUCCACCGUGGUUUUCCACCAAAGUCUUGGUUGAAACCAUGUCAUUUGUUGUUCAUGUUAGGAUUAUCUGCACAUCUCCCAAUCAAAUGUAUUUGUUAAUAAACAUGUUAGCUGGUUCA